GCGCACGUUGGUCGAGCGAGAGCAGUCGGUCUCCACGAGCUGCGGAGCAUUUCCGUGCCAGGCGGAAAAUUGCCAAUUCGUCUUCGUUCCUCACGUGUUCACGUGUUUACACUCUUGCGUGAUAUUCGAAUUUACGCGUUACGUGCUUCGUAUCCGUCCAUACGCGGUGAGAAUCGAUUCGAUCCCCCGUCCCCCGAUUCGGAAGUUCGACCCGCCGAAUUUCGUCGAUCACCAAUUUAUUUUACGAUUAUUUCGUCGAUGGAUGGGAGGACGAAGAGGAGCGAAGAUCCUAUGAACGAUUACUUUGUGCGCGUGUAACGUGUGCGCGUGUACGUCGGUAAAAUUGGCUCCGUUUGAUCGAAUUACGCUUCGUUCGAAGCGUCGUCGUCGUCGUUGUAGUUUCGUAGCCGCUCUACGACACGACUAUAUACUCGUCCUAUGUUCGCCCGCUUUCACGAAGCGUUUCGACGAUAAUUAAAUUGCAAUUUCGAAGAGGGACACUUGAUGGAAGAGAGGGCAGACAUUUAAAAUCGAGCUUCUCGAGGAGAAGCUUUCAAUUCGAUUAAGUCCGAUUCCUGAAGCCUGAGAGGGGGAGGGGGCUGCGUCAUUAGCAUCGCGACGACCCGUCGUCGUAAAAGUUUUAUUGUUUCGGGAGAGGAAAGGGAAUAAAGGAGAUCUAUAAAGGCGGCUCCCUCUGAUAUCUUCUUCUGGGAUCCUGGUCGCUACGGAUCUAUUUCCCCGGAGUUAUAUGGAUAAAUAUUUACUGGAAAUAUCCUCCGUCCCGUCCGCUGAGCGCGAGAGAACUGGUGGAGUGGAUCGUGCGCGCCACGAUCUCCUCCUGCCUCCGCCAGUCGUUAAUUGGCAGAGAAUCGGGCUAUCGUGUCACCACGUUUGUCGAUGCUCCACGUUUCAUUAAUUAGCAGCUCUCGGCCGGGCAGAGAGGGGAGGAGGAGCGUGACACGAGACCAUUCCUCGCUACGAUGUCGGCUCGAGCGAAAAGUGAGGGCCGAUCGUGCGAUAUGGGCAUUAGCUUGCGACCUUCCGUCGCAGUUUUCGCCUCGCGUCAUCGACUAUUUGUGUAUCUAAAAAGACGUAGCGGAUUCUGAGGCGGAGGGAAGCAGAGAGAGAGUGAGAGGGAGAGGGAGAGGGAGAGUCUAAAGAGGAAGGAGGAGAGAAGAGGAACGGUAGCUGUGGUGAGAGGAUCGCAUAUAAAGAAGUUCCGUCUCGUCGACUCGGUUGAAGAUAGAGCGGAUAAUUCGGCCGACUUCUCUGGGCAAACUCGAUGCGAGGGAAUGCUCGCGGGAUGAAGGCAAAGCUGUCGCGAAAAGAACUGGAUGAUCUGUUUAGCGAGGGCGCUAGAUUCCGGGAUACCUCGCAGCAAAUCCAUAAGCAAUGGCAGGCGGAUCCGGCACGAGCGUUUCCAACAGUUGGCACCGUCACCACAGGCUCGAUCUCACCGACGUCGGGCGAAAUUUCAACCCCGAAUUCGACGCCCAGCCCAAGCCCUAGCCCCACUAACAGUCAACAAGUCGCGCAUAAUGGGGGUUACGAGGCGCAACCGAAGAAUGUUAACACCAUCUCGAGAAGCAAGCAGCAGCAGCAGCAACAACAACAGAUUCAGACGUCCUCGUCGACGACGACACCCGCGAGGACGCCAGGCGUCGGGGCGGACGCGACGACGACAGGAUCCGGGAAAGGCGGUGGCCGUGUGACGGAAGUGAUGGAGCUUUGUUACGUCACCGAAAGAAUCAUCGCGCUCUGGUACAGGGAGGAUGCGCAGGGAGUCCUCGAACACGCUACCGCUCUUCUGCGUGGAAAGCACGCUGAUAAUUAUAUGAUAUUCAAUCUUUCGUCGCCGGGUCGUGCAGGGGAGCCAAACACGAGGGAAGCGGGAUGGCCUCAGGGUCUGGCGCCCAGUUUGGAAAGAUUGUGCGCCCUGUGCAAGGAGCUGGACUCCUGGCUGAACGGGGCUCCGAAUCGCGUGGUCGUCCUCCACGCCAGGGGAAGCAAAGAACGAUUGGGUGUGGCAGUGUCCGCUUACAUGAACUACAGCAGCAUCUGCGGCGGACGUGAUCAGGCGUUGGACAGGUUUGCUAUGAGGAGAUUCCUCGACGACAAGAUUGGAUCCCUGCAGGUUCCCUCGCAUCGAAGGUACAUCAAAUAUUUCAGCGGACUUUUAUCAGGCUCCUUAAGGAUCAGUCAAUCUCCCCUCUAUUUAACGCAUCUCACCGUCCUGGGCGUUCCACUCUUCGAGCCUACGGGUUGUCGGGCAUUCCUCAAGGUCUACGAAGGUCUGAAUCCCGUCUACACCUCGGAUCUUUACUCCGUGACGAAUGCUCGCGAGUUCACCGUGAAUCUCGGGGGUCUUCGUCUGAGGGGAGACAUUCUGGUGAAAUGUUACCAUAGAGUGUACUCGAAGCAGAGCCGGGAAGUAAUGUUUUCCCUGCAGUUCCACACCUGCGUGAUUACGGAGAACGUGGUUUCCUUCCCUCGAUCGGAGCUCGACGUCGCCUGCGACGAUCCAAGGUGUCCACCUGACAGCGUGGUCACACUGUACUUCGCCACCGACGCCAAACGCCAGGACGGGCCUGUACCAGCGCCGACGCCUGCUGUUCCCCACGCCUCGGCCCACCACGACCCCAUCCUCCACUGGGACAGCUACACGAAUCUCGAAAUGAGCGACGACGAAGGACGGGAAACUCCAUUAUCGCCGCCACCACCUUCGAGCUCCUCCGUUCAGACGUCGCCUCGCGGAUUGGGUUACACCUGCGGUCCCAUAGAUGGAUCCCUGUACGCUGUGGUACACCAGGGUGCUGCCGGUGGUGCCCGUGGCUCGCCAUUGACAGUUUCCAUGGACAGCGGAAUUAGCAGCGCCCCGCCGCAACGACCUAGCCCACCCGAGCCGGAGCCGGAUAACCAGGCUCACGGUGAUCUCGAUAAGCUGCUCCAUGAUAUGAUGCUCACCGUCGAGUCGAUGCCAGAUCCCCCAACGGAGGACUACAGAACGGACAGGAGCGAGAAGAUGUACAUACAAGAAACUCGCAGCUACAGCAGCCACGCGAGCAGCCAUUCCCCCUCCACUUACUCGACGCUGAAGGAUUCGUACAGGAAUUACAGCACUGGGAAAGAAUCGAGCCCCCCGUACAACUCGAGCAGCAGUUACAGCACCCUGAAGAACGAAUAUCGCGAGCCACCCGCUAAGAUCGAUCAUCGAAGGGACGAGUUCGAGUAUCGCGUGUCGCCCGACCGAAAGAUCUCCGAAUCCUCGACCGACCCGUACAGGAAGCACGGUGACUCGUUCUCGCCUCCUGGAAAUAUCGAUUACAUCGACGAGGACAUACCUUAUCACGCCAGGCAGACGAGUCAACCGUUCUCUUACGGCGCCACCACCGACAUGCUCAAACAUCAGAAACUUUCCUCCCCCUCUUUGGUGAGGAAGGCGUCUGUACGCGGCACCGCGCCCGUCGUCGAUUUCGAGGACAUUCUCGGCGAGAACUCGAGGAGACCUAUCAGCCCUUUGAGCCCGAACACCCCCGAUCCCCCGCCAGAAUUCGCCAACGGGUCUGCUAAGAACACCUCGGAUCACGUGGACGGAUUAUCAUGGUUGAGGCAACAGCAGUUGAAACUUGCCGCGAGGAGGGAUGAAAGAAACCCGGGGAAACUUUGGCGACAAGAAACCGGAAAUCGCGUGAUCGGCGAGCUGAGAAGCUUGCAGAGGGGAAGGAUGAGGCACGACGGGUACGCCAGCGAUUCUGCGGUUCUCGACGACGAUGAGGACACGUGGCUUGUCAAUUCCACUUCCGGGCAGUCACAAUCGAGGGCAGCUCUUUACACAUCCGCGCCGGCGAGCCCGUUGCUUCCGCAACGGUCGAGCAGCCGGAAGUACAACGGUAGCACCGGAACCGGUACCCUGGGACGGCCACGGGCCGAGAGCGUGAACGAGCGUCCCUUCAUGUCCGUGAAACGGGCAUACGAAUAUCGCAAAUACAGCGACAACCAGAGCCCUCCGACAUCCCCCCGCUCAGGCUUAGCAAGCACGCGACCCUUAGGAUUAGCAGCGCAGCUACAAACACCGUUCAUUAACACGGACAAGCCUCAACCACCAAGGCCAGAGUCGCGUAGCGACAGCUUUGCUCGGGCUGACGCUUUGUUGCGCGAGCACAACAGGCAGCAACAACAGCAGCAGCUGGCCGCGAGCAACGCGGUCAACACGGAGCAACAGAAGCAACCGAUUGGCCAAGAUUACGCCACGACCAUGUCUCGUAACUCUCGGCCUGAAUCGAGAAAUCGAAUCGUGUGUUUGAGCUCGACCACGUUGGCCGGAGGGAACGUUGAAAGGACCGCCGACCACGUGGACGGAGGGUUGUUGACGAUGGUCAAUGAUCAGCAACAAUCGAGCACGCGCAACAAUCCGGACCCUCUCGUGAGCCUCAUUCAAUCAUUGGCUGAAAUUUCGCCCAUUCGAUCAUCCCAAUCGGUGACUAACAACAACAACAACAACAACAACAACAACAAGACAGACGCGAACGAUCAUCACGCGCCGAGUAUCGGCUCAGCAACCACCACCACUGCGAGCGGCAACGUUGUUAACGCCAUCACUAAUUGCUCCCCUAACCAGUCGCCCAAAGCAUGGCAGAAUUGCACCCAGUCGCACAAUGACUCGGCUUCAUCGUGGACCGAGAGGAGCGUAAGUCCCGGAAGCGCGGUGGUGAGCAGCGCGUCGAGGCCUCAAACUCCGGCAUUUCCGGUCCAUCCUCGGACCCCGUACGUGAACAACUCCUCGCCCACGGUCACGUUCGCGGCUGAUCGCUCCUACAGCACGAACGCCACAUACAACGUGAACAACAACAACAAUAAUUUAAAUAACGUCGAGGCAGCCGGGAACAACAACAACAACGUCGGAAAUUACGCGAGCGAACGAACGAUCUACAUCGAAGAACGAAGAGAAGUCUCGAAAGAGACGGGGCUUCCACCCAAGAGUCCGACAACACAGAGACGCUUGAGUUUCCCGGCAAGCGGGCCACUUAAACAAACGCAUAACAAACGAUGGCCGCUCACUAACCAAUCGGCGUCGUUCGACUAUAGCAAGGACCGAUCUGUUUCUCCGAUAAACGAGCCAACGAUGCAACAGUCGCAAGCUGUCUCGCGCAGCCCUGGUACUCCGACCCAUAUCGAAUUCGCCCAAAGUCCUAAGAGUGCCACGUCGUACACUUCCGUAAACAGCGGUGGCCAAUCGUCUCCUCAGGUGCAGUAUUACGGUUCGAGACGGUCCAGUGUACACUCGAACACCGAGCCUCAAGAAGUGGCCGACGCGAACGUGAAAUUCGUGCGCGACACGAGCAGAAUCUGGUACAAACCUAACAUAUCUCGGGAGCAAGCGAUCUCGAUGCUGAAGGACGCAGCGCCGGGGACGUUCGUCGUCCGGGACAGCAAUUCCUUCCCAGGGGCUUUUGGACUCGCCCUGAAGGUGGCGACCCCACCUCCAGGCGCGCCCAGCAGUCCCAGGGACCCGUCUAGCGAGCUGGUCAGGCACUUUUUAAUCGAGCCCACCUCAAGAGGCGUCAGAUUAAAGGGAUGCGCCAACGAGCCGGUUUUCAGCUCGUUGUCGGCGUUGGUUUACCAGCACAGCUUGAUGGCGAUGGCUCUACCUUGCCCGCUCUUGCUCCCAGAACCGGAAGCUGCAGCCAGAGCCCUCGAUUCGCCGGGGACGAACAGCACGCAGCAACUGCUCGCACAGGGUGCAGCCUGCAAUGUUUUGUACCUGUUCACCAUGGACAUGGAAUCGUUGACUGGGCCUCAAGCCAUCAAGAAGGCAGUGACGACCAUGUUCGAGCAAAAACCAUUGCCCGCCGCGACUAUAGUUCAUUUCAAAGUUUCCACCCAAGGGAUCACUCUGACGGAUAACGCGCGAAAGUUGUUCUUCCGUAGGCAUUAUCCCACGAAUAAUAUCAGUUAUUGCGGUUUGGACACGGAGGAGCGCACCUGGGACUUCGCCAGCGAGGAGACCGGCCGAUCAGUAAGCGCCCAUCGAUGUUUCGGAUUCGUUGCCAGGAAACCGGCGCACAAAUCGGACAACCAGUGUCACGUGUUCGCCGAGCUAGAACCGGAACAACCAGCCACGGCCAUAGUGAAUUUCGUGAACAAGGUCAUGAUGGGCAACUCCAUAGCGAAGGCCAACAUCGUGUAAAUCGUUUUUUAUUCGUCUCACGGCGUCCUCCAAGACGCAUGAAUAACGGUUUUUCGUCUUCGAGGCCUGACAAGAAUCGAUGAAAAAGAAAAAGAGAAGAAAAGAAAAGGGAAAAAAAAAAAAGCCAUAAAAGCGCGAUUCAUCGCGAAGAAUGAAUACAGCAUACUUGACCGUCGUUUCACCGAAGAAAUAUAGUUAUAUAUGAGCAGAGCUGUUCGUUCGAAAACGACGUUAGUUGACUCUCGUAAUAGAUGUUGGCGCGUUGUUGGCGCGUAGAGACAGAAUCAGUAGAGCAUGAAAACAGUUCUCAGCAAAACUAUUAGAUAGAGAUUAGAACGAUAGGGAAUUGAUUCGUUAUUGUUCUAAAAACAAGAAGAGGUUUAUACGAUGAUACACGAAACACCAUGAUUCCAUCCCAUCCGUGUCGAUGUGAUCACACGUUUCAUCGAAGAAGAGAAUGAAAUUGAUUAAUUAUAAUGCGACGAUCGUUGCUGCUCGUUGUGUUUAUCGAUAGAUGAUAGUAGAGUAAUAUAAAAAAAAAAAAACCCCGGAUAUCGGGAGCAAAGUACGAUGGCGGGAUUGCAACUUCCACGUUGUAUUGCGUUGUAUUUUUGUAUGGAAAAUAUUCGAGGAUCUUUAUAUUAAGAAUUAUUAUCACGAUUAUUCGUCUGUCGUUGUAUACACACGCAUAUUUUCUACGAAUUUUUUUACCAACUCUACUUAACUCCACCUCCAGAGGAUCUACUGCUACCAAUGUCACCGCAUCGCAAUCGAGAAGCAAUCUGUCGAGCUAUGCAAGCUAUAUCCCACAGAUAUUUUUUUUCUUUUCUCUCUCUCUCUUUUUAUAAUCUCAAUCAUUGUAUAUUCGUUCAGAGACAGAAGUUACAGAACACGGCGUUAUACUUUGCUUCCACCACGACGAGAUACACUGUUGCGCUAAAACGCGUAUCAUUGCAACGUACCGAUAGUUGGUAGGUAUAGUUGACGAGUAAUCGACCGUGCUCUAUGCGCGAAUCUCGGAAAGAUCGUUCGCGCGUUCGAAGCGCAGUCUCGCGAGUAAGUGUCUCGAUCGCAGAAGAUAAUAAUGAUUAAAAAAGAAAAAAAAGAAUAGUUUGCACGCGUACACAUUGUUACAAAAAAGAAAAAAAAAAAAAGAAAAAAGUAAAAGAGAAAAAAAAAAAAAAAAAGAAGAAGAAGAUCGCAAGAAAAUAUAGUUGAAUAUAUAUAUAUUAUAUAUAUUAUUAAUCACGUUAUACUUGGGACUCUCGAGUAAUGUUUAUCGAAGAAAAUGUUACGUCGUUGUGCGGAGCCGUGCCUGUGUAUCGUAGCCCGCCAUGUUCCACGAGAAAGCAGCGGUUCAACGUUACGUUACGAGUAAAACGUUCUAUAAAUAACUGUAAAUAAGUUGAAACACGAGAAAGUAUGAAACGCAAUGUCGGGCGGAAAGGAGGAGGAGGAGGAGGAGGAGACAAUCCGAGCUCAUUGAGAUAAGAAUCGACGAUAAAGGUCGAGGAAUAGAAAGGGGGGGAGGGGGGAAGAAGAAAAAAAAGGAAGAGAAAUUUUUAAUUUUCUUUUCUUUUCUUUUCUUUUUUUUCUCCCCUUUGAAACGCGUCAACGUGACGAAACUGAAUAAAUAAACGAUACUCGAAGAGGAGUAGAGCGGUAUCGAAACCGAAACAUCACAUUUUGUUUGAUGACUCCCCGUAGGUUCUUGCCAUUUAAUUCGUCCUCACGAGUGACGUCCUCCUUCGUUCGUCUAGAAAAAAAAAAAAAAAAAAAAAAAGAGAAAGAAAAAGAAAAA